AUGCGCUUUGUGAGUUGCGCGCUCCUGUUGGGUAGCGUUUUGGUGUGGGUGGUGGAGGGAGGCUCGCUGCUCGCUUCUCUCCUCAACACCAAGACCAAAGCUCGCUGCUCCUCCCUUUCCGAGGCCUCGAUCGCCGUUCUCGAACAAACACUUCAAGAUGGAUCAGUGCCUCGUGGUGAAUCGGUGACUCUGCUGUGCUCAGUGACGGCCUCGCCGCCGACAGGAAUCUCUUGGUACAAGGAUGGAAAGCUUUUAAAUCCGGAUGAGACUUUGAUCGAAGAAGAACUCGCACCAAGAGUGCAAAUCGGAAUCGCCACCGUCGAGUCCCGGCUCGUCAUCCCGUGCUUCUCGAAAGCGCACGCCGGCAAGUACACUUGUCAGGCGGACACACGUUGCGGAGCAACACAAAGCCAAUCGGCCACUCUCAGCGUUGACUACUCGGAAAAAGAAAGCCGAUGCAGAGCCACCUAUCCACCGGUGAUCACCCAAGCCACGAUGACUCGCAUUGAAAUGGCGCAGAACCCGGUUCAUUUGAUGUGUCGAGCGGUUGGCGUGCCAAAGCCACGAAUCGCAUGGACACGAGUCGAUGAUGAAGGACGUGAGGUGUCCAUCGAAAAUGACGUUCGCUUCCAGAAACAAGCAUCGGGUGAUCUGAUAGUGUUUGGUCCGGUGAACUCUGAGGUGGCACAGAUGGAGUUCCGUUGCACAGCUCGCAAUCCUUUUGGAGAGGCUUCCUACGAGUCGGUGAUCAUCUACACCAAUGAGAAC